UCAUUUUGCCCCAUAUUUAAAGAAUUUUAAUAUUCAAUGGCCGCAUCAUAUUAAUAUCAACAGUAAAAUGAGUAAAAAAGAGAAUCAACGUCGUUUAUAUUUAAACAAAUGGUUGUUAUUAGAGAGAGAAAGCCUUUUCUCUGGUCAUUAAAUCAUUGUUCUAUAAUAUAUGACACGAGAUGGAGCAUUCAUAGCAUUUUGUACUCGUUGAAAUCAGCUGACUUUCAAGUAAUCUAAUAGAAAUAGACAAUUGAGUUGAAUCUUAUCUUCAAUCGCCUCUUUAAAUUUUAACUACUAUAAGAAACUAAUAAAUCAUCUCCGAUUGUGACUAUAAACUUCAUUAAUAUUAUUAACUUUAAAAAUAUAAAAAAUUUAAACAUGAGUCUUGAUGAUUUUUAUGCUGUCGCUCUUGACCUUGUCAAGCAAUCCGGUGCGAUUAUUCGAGACAGGAUUAACAGGCCAAAAGAUGUAAUGAUUAAAUCUUGUGACGUUGACCUUGUCACUGAGUCCGAUCAGCAGGUAGAAAAACUUUUUAUGGAUGGAAUCACCGCUAAAUUCCCGGAUCACAGAUUUAUUGGAGAAGAAACUACAAGUUCCGGUGAAAAAGUUCAAUUGACAGAAGCCCCUACAUGGGUAAUAGAUCCGAUUGAUGGUACUAUGAACUUUGUCCAUGGUCUUCCUCAUACGUGCAUAUCAGUCGCCCUGUUAAUAAAUAAAAUCACUGAGAUCGGACUAGUUUAUAAUCCCAUUCUCGAACAGUUUUUCACAGCUCGUAAAGGUCAAGGGGCAUUCAUGAAUGGUAAUCCUAUUAAAGUUUCAGGCGAGAAAGAACUCAAAAAAGCUUUAGUUAUGGUGGAAUUGGGCACAAGCAGAGAUCCAGAAAAAAUGAAGAUAGUUAUGGAAAAUUUAAAAAUAUUAACAUCCAAAGUUCACGGAGUACGAGCAUUAGGAUCAGCAGCAUUGAAUAUGUGCAUGGUAGCUUUAGGUGGAGCGGAUGCUAAUUUUGAAUUCGGGAUUCACAUAUGGGAUUUCGCAGCGGGCGAUCUGAUCGUUCGUGAAGCUGGUGGCUGUUGUAUUGAUCCAUCCGGAGGUGAAUUGGAUCUUUUAUCACGAAGAGUACUGUGUGCAUCAUCGCAAGAAUUAGCCAAUGAGAUUUCAAGCUUAUUAAUUCAAUACUUUCCGGAACGUGAUUAAGAAUUGAAGAAAAAAAAAAUAUGAAAAUCAAAGUAUUUAUUAAUAUUGAAAACGAGUAAAUUACAUGUAAUAAAAUAUUGAAAAUUUUAAUUUAUCUAUACGACCAAAAAACUUUCAUAUGUGUUGUUGUGAUAAUUAAAGCAUUUAUGGGAUUUACAAGAGAAA